UGUCUCCUUCUUUUCCCUUUUUCUUUCUUUUGUCUCUCUUGCGCCAAAACUCUCACCAACACCCUCCAUUCAACGAAAAACGCCCGCGAAAAUGAUCGUGGCUGCUCUGCCGCGAUCAGCAGCCCUCCUCGCCUCGUCCACGCUCCUCCAGCUCGCCUCCAGCCAUGCGCUGCCCCGAGAAACAAAAACCAUUUCCGUGCGCGAGCUCAACGUCGUAGCAUGGCCCAUCGUCGCAACAACUCCAGCGCCCAAGGCACCGUCUCCAGCGCUCGCCUCGUCGCCCGCGGACCAGCUGCUGCAGCGAGACUUCAACACCAUCUGCGGCUGGAUAGGGGGCGAUGCCAGCCUGCCGGCCACCUGCCUCGCGGGCUCGCACUGCGCCGCCGACACCGUCAACAAGGCCAUUGGCUGCUGUCCGGACUCGGGCCCCUGCACCGAGGGCAUCUUCACGGGCUGCGUCGACGUCAACAGCCCGCCGCAGACGGAGCUCAACCCGUACGUCUUCACGUGCUCCGGCGCGCAGGUGUGCUACCUGAAUCACUUUGAGGGGGGCUUCUCGCAGUUUGGGUGCGGCUCAGUUUCGCAGCUGGCGACGACGGUGGCGGCCACGGCGCUGAGCCAGCUUCCUCUGGACUUGAGCCGCGUGUCUGUGCACCUGACGGAAACACCAACGGUUCUAUCGACGCCGACGACGAUUGGAUCGCGGACCGCGAGCAGGACCUCUUCGCGCCGUAAAUCCAGGACCACCAGCGGAUCCAGCACCUCGCAGACGGAUACCUCUACAAACACGGGUACAGCCACGGCAAGCGACUCGACUUCAACCUCAACUUCAACUUCGACCCCGUCAGCGCCGACUUCCAGCGGCAGUUCCAAGGCAGGCCCAAUCGCAGGAGGCGUAGUCGGAGGUCUCGCCGGCCUUGCUCUCAUCGCCGCCCUCAUCUUCUUCUUCUUGCGCAAGAGAAAGGCCAGACCCGCCCAAUACAUCACGCCAUCGACUGAAAAGUUCGACAACCCCGAUUCCCGCGCCAUUCCCCCCAACACGGCUCUCUUGACGGAAGAAAGGGGCUUUACCGGCUAUGAGUCUGAACUCGCCCCAAUGCCCCAGAGGCCCCCGAGACCAAGUGCAAGCGAACCCGCCCCCCAGCUUGGCGAGCUUGGCCUAGCCGUGCCCAUGGACACCGGCUACGGCAGGCCCUCUGAUGAGAUUCCCCUCACGGAAACUGCGCCAAAGCCACCGCCAGAGCCCGUUGGAGAGGAUGAGGAGGAUCCCCGCCCAUAUAACCCGCGGAGAAGAGGCGAUGGCGACGGUACCUCGUUCUGGUCACAGACAAGAUCAGAGAGUCGGUCUCGAGGACGGCCGUGGGUUUGAAGGAAGCAAAGCGAUUCAAGACUUAUUUUGAUACCCCCCAGCACAAAAACAACAAAACAACAAACGUUCCUUUUGUAUAAACCUGGAAUAAAAGGCGGCGGUGGCUACUUUGAAUACCACUUUUAUCUUAAUAUUUACAUCUCAAUACCUCCCCCUUUCUCCGACAUUUCAACAUAUUCCCUUUAUCCAAGUCCGUCUCCCCUUGAAAGCUUUUACAAUAAUUCCGGUUGGCAUUGGAGGGAGUGUAUUGGAAAGUGCCGUCUUUUUUGCGUUUACUUUAUUUAUUUUUUCUGCGCGCUGCGUACAUUUUUGUCUUGUUCAUUGGACACGGCCUGAAGAGAGAGGAAUCGGCAUGGUACAUAGGUACAUAGCAGAGAGGCGUUGAAAGAUACGGUUGGACAAAACUCACAUAAUACAUCAUGAAUAUGCUAUUGCCAUAUCUUACAAGCUCUUUUCAUCAUCCAACGAUGAAUGUUUCCAAAACGAUGGAGAGAUAUCAAGGGGAUUGGCUCAGGCUCCUGGCUCUGGUCCGCCAAUGGACCAAACUCUUAGUGAGGACUCGUCAAAGACUUGUCUAUGGUGAGAUUCCGCUGCAUGGCCUUGUCUGCUCUCUCGCGGAUACCCCCAGCCUCCAGAACAAGUUGCUGCAACAGAGCCGCUAGAGUGCACAAUCGUGCUUCCUACCGGAGACUCAUGCGCCUUCCACGUCCAAGAAGGCUCUACGACAUCAUUUCUCAUACCCACCUCUUCCCAUACAGCCACAGUACCGUCCUGUGUCCCAGCCCAGACCUCGAAUCCAGUCUCUCCCUGGAAAACAUCAAAGUGAAGCCGCUGCUGGGUAGUUGCCCUGCGACCAUUCAGCACCGCCAAGAGCUGUCCAGUGCCUCGAAUGUCGUAGACCAACAGCCCGUCCGCCUGGCGCUCAUUCACGACAAGAUACCGCCCGCAGGGGCUCCAUGCCGUCUGCACGAUGCCCUGGCCUCC